CGUCACGUGAGCGCGCGCGAUCAGAGAAAGUGCCGCCGCCGCGCGCGUUGAACCGUUGGUUUGAUUCGUCGGGAUUCUUACGCGCUCCACUGGCCCGCUCGCCUGUGACGUAGGACGCGCGCGCGCGGUGGAGUGCCGUGACUCCCCCUCGGCAGCAGCGCUCGCGCCUCGCGGAGCCCACGAUGGAAAGCACGCGCCCGCACACACAGCUCUGAUAGCGCCGGGAAUCCAAAGCAUGUCUGCAGCCAGCGCCUUCCCCAACAUGGCGAGCAUCGGCGAGCUGGACCCGCUCACCGCCGCCAUCCCCGCCACCAAAGUGGAGAUGACGGUGUCGUGCAGAAACCUGCUGGACAGAGACACUUUCUCCAAAUCUGAUCCAAUUUGUGUGCUGUACACCCAAACGGUGGCGAGCAGGGAGUGGAGAGAGUUUGGGAGAACAGAGGUCAUCGAUAACACUCUGAACCCAGACUUUGUGCGAAAGUUUAUCCUUGAUUACUUCUUUGAGGAGAGGCAGAAUCUACGUUUUGAUCUGUACGACCUUGACUCAAAGAGCGAAAACCUGUCCAAACAUGACUUCUUGGGCCAGAUGUACUGUACUCUGGGAGAGGUGGUUGGUUCUCCAGGUAGCCGUAUGGAGAGACCCCUCAUGGGCAUUCCUGGUAAAAACUGUGGAACCAUCAUCAUAAAAGCAGAAGAACUUGGAAAUUGCAGAGAGUCCGUAUUGCUGCAAUUUUGUGGAAACAAACUGGACAAGAAGGAUUUCUUUGGCAAGUCCGACCCUUUCCUCAUCUUUUAUCGCAGCAACGAAGAUGGAACAUACACCAUUUGCCAUAAGACUGAAGUGGUAAAGAACACUCUGGACCCUGUGUGGCAGGCCUUCAAAAUCCCAGUCAGAGCCCUGUGCAACGGUGACUAUGACAGAGCAAUAAAGAUUGAAGUGUAUGACUGGGACAGGGAUGGAGGGCAUGACUAUAUUGGAGAGUUCAAGACUAGCUAUAGGGAGCUGUCUAAAGGCCAAUCUCAGUUCAAUGUGUGGGAGGUACUAAACAUGAAGAAAAAGAAGAAGAAGAAGAAAUACCUCAAUUCAGGAACUGUGACACUGCUGUCGUGCCUCAUAGACGUUGAAGUCACCUUUUUGGACUAUAUCAAAGGAGGUACUCAGAUUAAUUUCACAGUGGCAAUCGAUUUCACGGCAUCAAAUGGCAACCCUUCACAGCCUACCUCUCUCCACUACAUGAACCCGUACCAGCUCAAUGCCUAUGCCAUGGCACUGAGAGCAGUGGGGGAGAUCAUUCAGGACUACGACAGUGAUAAGAUGUUUCCUGCACUGGGAUUUGGAGCAAAGCUGCCUCCUGAUGGCAGGGUAUCGCAUGAGUUUGCCUUGAAUGGGAACCCAGAGAACCCAUACUGCAGCGGCAUUGAAGGAGUGUUGGAGGCAUAUUACCGGAGUCUGAAAAGCGUUCGACUCUAUGGUCCGACAUUUUUCUCACCUGUUAUUAAUCAUGUAGCGAGGUAUGCAUCACUGGUGAAGGAUGGCUCAGAGUACUUCAUCCUCCUCAUCAUUUCAGAUGGAGUCAUCUCUGAUAUGGCUCAAACCAAGGAGUCCAUUGUAAAUGCAUCCUGUCUUCCAAUGUCCAUAAUAAUAGUAGGAGUUGGCUCAGCUGAAUUUGAUGAAAUGAUUGAACUAGAUGGGGAUGAAGUCAGGAUCUCAUCAAGAGGAAGGUUUGCGGAGAGAGAUAUUGUACAGUUUGUUCCUUUCCGAGACUACGUUGACCACAGGGGGAACCACAUUCUCAGCAUGGCCCGUCUGGCCAAGGACGUCCUGGCAGAAAUCCCGGACCAGUUCCUGCACUACAUGAGAACCAGAGGCAUCAAACCCAACCUUUCUCCUCCUUUUUACUCCUCCAAACCCCUAUCAGCACUGGCACUCCCAGCACACCCACUGCAGACUCAAAUCUGAAUAGGACACUGUCCUUCUGGUGGUUUACUCUCUUUCUCAGGAUCAUUUCAGUGGUCCAGUGGGGUCAAACGUUGGAAUUUCUUUUAGGGAGCUGACUUCUGCUUGAAGUCUGGAGCAAGCAGCUCUCUCCAUUGAACUCAUAGGUGUUUUGCUGAUGAUGUUUGAUUAUGAUGAGAGUUUAGGAAUCUUCCUGAAUGAUUAGGGAGUUUCUGACAUGCUUGGACCAUUGAGUCUGAUCCAUCUGCAUCUGUCUCAUACCACUCUUUCAGUCUUUUCUUUCAGACUACAGGCUGAGCAAUGAAUAAAAUGUUUACAGUUUUCUUGAUUUAUACAAGCAGAUAAAUUAUACCUCAUGCAUACUCAAGUUAUUGAAGCUGUAUGCUGUUUCACACAAAUGGGUUGUGGUGGCUUUCUGCAGUGAAGCCAGAGUGAGCAUGUCUCCAAGAAGCUGUUGAGUAGUUUGUCCUUUUAGUGCAUCUUACUGAAUAUUCUGGACUCUUCCACUCUACUGCCUCAAUGCAUUUCUGCUCAAGUCUUACAGAGGCUGAAGAGACAAGCCUUAUUCUUGGUUACACACAAAUCUGUAGCUGCUUUCAGUUCUUUGUGUCAUUAGAAACACUGAAGUCUCCAUGUGUUCCGUACCUGCAUCUGCUUUGAUACAAUAACACCACCUUGAAUAUUCUUGAAAUUCAGCUGUAGCUGUGGUGGCAUUUCAUUGCACUUUUAAAGUGGGCUGUGUGGAACACUGAAAUGGCAAUUUAUGUACUUCAAGAACUUGUGAAGGCAGGGGCAUUUUUGACAACAUCAGAAAGGACUGAUGUAGAAAUGGAACACUUUAGCUUUCCCCUUUGUAUGUUUUCCUUUUUUCCCAUGAGCACCAUACACUUCAAACAAAGCCAUUUUUAGCCUUGACACAGAUACCAUCAGUGGUCCUUAAAUGUGACAAAAAUGUCAAUAAUUUGCUUUUUUAGAUCAGUUGGAUGUUUAGUAGAUUCACAUUAAAAGAAUUAUAAUUACAGUCUGAGUUAUUUCAGAUCAGAACUGAGUUAUAAUAAACUGUACUCUCCUUGACAAUAAAACACUUCUGAAGAAUGCUGGAAGCUGCCCCAGCAACCCAGCUCAGAAAAAAAGCCCACACAAAGCCAUGAAACUCAGGACUUCAUUUAUUCAACAUGACAGGAUGUCAGCUUAAAACUUACGCCCACUCAUGCUGGCUCACAUACUGUAUUAUCCUUAUAAAACAUGCAUUAAACAUACAUCAAAGUUUAAAGCAGAA